UUUUAGUGUAGAAACAUGUACAAGUGCCCAACGUGCAAUGAAGACGUAUGGGGAGGGAAACGAUCCUUGGAUGGGCACAUGGCAAACAAACACAAUCAAUUACAAUACAAAUGCGGCACCUGCUCGAAGCAGUUCGCUUCAUCAAGAGGAAUGAAAGGACAUGAUUGUGCUUCAAACAAAGUGACGAAAUGCGAUUCUCCUGGAUGUAGUUACACGGGAACGGAGGAUUACAUGAAAGAGCACAAAAGGAGGGUGCAUAGUGGAGGAUACACUUGCAUACUGUGUCAUGGACACUUCAAUGACACCCAAAAUAAAGUGAAACACGAAGAUAUCUGUAUGAAAAGAAAGACUGCUGGAUAUGUUUGUCCCAUUUGUCAAAAACGGUUUACGAGUAAGCGAGAUCUCAAUGGGCACACAAAGUAUUGUAUCAAGAAGCAGACAGAGUGUAGUAGUAGUAGUACUCAGACAGAGUGGGCAAAUGCUAAAGCCGCGCAUCCCACCAUACCGAGUGCAGCGGACGUGAGAAAGAAAAUCGAAGAGGGCAAGAAGAAGGAGAGAGAGCGUGGGCUUGCUUCCUUUCGUUCAGGAAUGUCAGUUCAAGAAACAGAAAAGUUUGAGGAGGUUUAUAUCAAAGAAGAGAUGACAGACGCUCAACAAGUUAACACUAGUACUUCAACCUGGUCAUCAUCAGUAUGCUUUUGUAAAUGUGAGGAAAACAACGAAAAUAACAAUCUGAAAGCUGAGGGUUUGCCGGCUAAUCAGUUUAAAGCUGGUUCAGAACACUUCAACCAAGUAGGUGAAGAUGUAAAGAUUGAGGAUGACAGGGUUUCCCGUGGUGUCCUGGCUAACGCUGAGCUUUUGGACUGUAAAGGACUUCAGAGUGAUGAAUGUAAUCUCCCGUUGUCACUAUCGAAAGUAAGGCGUGUGAAAAUAGAGUGCUCAUCUGUUCCCAACGAGUCUGACUGUGGUAGUCAGGGAGAAACCGCGCCAUCUGGGACUGGACACAAGUUGAAAAAACACAAACAAACAAGCACUCUUGCUAAUCACGAACGAACAAACACAGGAGAAAAAAUGUUUUUUUGCAGUUUUUGUGAUUAUAAAUCAAGUCGAUCAAGCCAUCUUGCUAUUCACAAACGGAAACACACCGUAGAAAAACCUUAUUCUUGCAGUUUGUGUGAUUAUAAAACGAGUCAAUUGGGUUAUCUUACUAUUCACAAACUGACACACACCGUAGAAAAACCUUAUUCUUGCAGUUUGUGUGAUUAUAAAACGAGUCAAUCGAGUGCUCUUACUGUUCACAAACAGACACACACAGGAGAGAAACCUUAUUCUUGCAGAUUGUGUGAUUAUAAAGCGAGUCGAGCAGUCACUCUUAUCAUUCACGAACGGAUCAAACACAAAGGAGAAAAACCUCAGCACGGUACUGGCCCAUGAAGAUCUUGAAUGUGUCCUACCGGUAGGACAUGUUCGAAUUUCAGCUUUCCGCGACCCAAAUUUCGCUGUUUUGACUGAAUUUUUCUUGAA